GCUGGGGUCCCGAUGGAGGCGGUUGCGCCCUGCCUGCAGCCCGCCAAAGCCAUCAAGCCCAUCGACCGUAAGUCCGUUCAUCGGAUCUGUUCGGGACAGGUUGUGCUGAAUCUUGGCACUGCCGUGAAAGAGUUGGUGGAAAACAGCCUGGAUGCUGGAGCUACCAACAUUGAUAUAAAACUUAAAGAUCAUGGAGCAGAACUGAUAGAGGUUUCAGAUAAUGGAGGUGGAGUGGAAGAGGAAAACUUCGAAGGCUUGACUCUGAAACAUUAUACAUCAAAGAUACAAGAUUUUUCUGAUCUAAUACAUGUUGAAACAUUUGGGUUUCGAGGUGAAGCUCUGAGUUCACUGUGUGCAUUAAGUGAUGUUACCAUUUUUACCUGUCAUAAGUCUGCAAAGGUUGGGACUCGUUUGGUAUUUGAUCACAAUGGUAAAAUUACUCAGAAAACUCCUUUUCCACGACAACAAGGAACAACUGUUAACAUACAGCAGUUAUUUUAUACUUUGCCGGUGCGGCAUAAGGAAUUUCAAAGAAACAUUAAAAAGGAAUAUGCAAAAAUGGUCCAGCUAUUGCAGGCAUACUGUAUUGUUUCAAAAGGAGUGCGGAUUAACUGCACUAAUCAAGUUGGCCAAGGGAAAAAAAGCUCUGUGGUAUCCACUACUGGAAGUCCUAGUUUAAAGGAAAACAUUGGAGCAGUAUUUGGGCAAAAACAGUUGCAGAGCCUCAUUCCUUUUGUUCAGCUACCUCCUGAUGAAGCUGUUUGUGAAGAAUAUGGACUCAACUCUACUGACAUGCCACAAAAUCUUUAUAGUAAAGAAAUGUUUGCAAAAAUGGAAAUCAUUGGCCAGUUUAAUUUAGGAUUUAUAAUAGCAAAGUUGAAUUCUGAUCUUUUCAUAAUUGACCAACAUGCUACUGAUGAGAAAUACAACUUUGAGAUGUUACAACAACACACUGUUCUUCAAGGUCAGAAGCUGAUUGUGCCUCAGAAUCUCAAUUUAACAGCUGUAAAUGAAACUGUAUUGAUUGAAAACCUGGAAAUAUUCAGAAAAAAUGGGUUUGAUUUUGUCAUAAAUGAAAAUGCUCCUGUAACUCAAAGAGUUAAAUUAAUAUCAUUGCCAACAAGCAAAAACUGGACUUUUGGUCCACAAGAUAUAGAUGAGCUGAUCUUCAUGUUAAGUGACUGCCCUGGAGUCAUGUGUAGGCCCUCCAGGGUCAGACAGAUGUUUGCUUCUCGAGCUUGCAGAAAGUCUGUGAUGAUUGGAACUGCACUGAAUGUGCAGGAAAUGAGAAAACUGAUCACCCAUAUGGGUGAGAUCGAGCAUCCCUGGAACUGCCCCCAUGGGAGGCCUACUAUGAGACACAUAGUCAGUUUAGACUUGAUUUCACCAGAAUAAGUUGGUUUCUGGUUUUUAACAUUUUUGAUUUUAAUUCUUGGCGAUAUUUUGAGCUUUUAUCAUUACUCUUUUAUUUUGAGUAAAGAAAAUUUAGCCAGUCAUCAAAUUUGAAGAUAAUAACACCUAAAGGCAUUCAGCAGGGUUUCAUUGUUAUUCCUAUCAAGUCAAGAAUAUAGAUAUACUGGAAUUCGUGUGUAAAUAACGUUUCUUUUAUUGCUGUUUAUUGUGUGUAUUAUUUUUGCA